AUGCUGUCCCUCAUUGUCACUUGGCCCAUGAGCGUGUCUGUUGUCACUCUGGGCCCAUCCGGGCUGCUGGCCUCAGGUGCUGAGCUCUGUGCCCGACUCUGUCCUCCCCAGGCUCAGCGCUGGCGCAGCGAGAACUUCGAGAGGCCCGUGGAUCUCGAGGGCUCUGGGGAUGACGACUCCUUCCCCGAUGAUGAGCUGGAUGACCUCUACUCAGGGUCGGGCUCAGGCUACUUUGAGCAGGAGUCGGGCAUCGAGACGGCCAUGCGAUUCAGCCCGGAUGUGGCCAUGGCAGUGUCGACCACACCCGCAGUGCUGCCCACCGUGGACAUCCAGCCUGUGGGCACCCCGUUGGAAGAGCUCCCCUCUGAGCACCCCACCCCGGAGCCGGCCACCAGCCCCCCCGUGGUGACAGAGGUCCCAGGAGAGCCCAGCCAGAGAACCACCACCAUCUCCACUCCCACGGCUACCACUGCCGCCACGACUGCGGAGGCCCUGACUGUGGCCACGGUGCCCGCCACGUUGGCCACCGCCGCCCCCAGCCUCCCCGCGGCCCCCCCUUCCACAGCCACCCCCUCCGUCAUAAGGACCACCGGCAUGCAGAGGCUUCUGCCUCUUCCACUGACCACAGCAGCCACGGCCCGGGCCACCACCCCAGCAGCGCCCUCACCUCCCACCACGGUGGCCGUCUUGGACACAGAGGCCCCAACGCCCAGGAUGGUCAGCACAGCUACCUCCAGGCCAAGGGCCCUUCCCAGGCCAGCCACCACCCAGGAGGCUGACGUCCCCGAGAAGAGCACCUUGCCCCUGGGGACCACUGCCCCUGGACCCACGGAGGUGGCUCAGACCCCAACUCCGGAGUCCGUCCUGACCACGAUCCGGGAUGAGCCCGAGGUGCCUGUGAGCGGGGGGCCCAGCGGGGACUUUGAGCUGCCAGAGGAGGAGACCACACAGCCAGACACAGCCAAUGAGGUGGUGGCCGUGGGCGGGGCUGCAGCCAAGCCGUCACCUCCGCCUGGGACGCUGCCCAAAGGUGUGCGCCCAGGCCCUGGCCUCCUGGACAAUGCCAUCGACUCAGGCAGCUCGGCUGCUCAGCUGCCUCAGAAAAGCAUCCUGGAGCGGAAGGAGGUGCUCGUAGCUGUGAUUGUAGGCGGGGUGGUGGGCGCCCUGUUCGCUGCCUUCCUGGUCACGUUACUCAUCUACCGCAUGAAGAAGAAGGAUGAGGGAAGCUACACACUGGAGGAGCCCAAGCAGGCGAGCGUCACGUACCAGAAGCCUGACAAGCAGGAGGAGUUCUACGCCUAGAGGAGCCACAGUGCCUCCCGUA